UUUGUUUUGUUUUGUUUUGUUCAUUUGCUUUUCUGAGUACCAUUAUGAGCUCACAGAUUUUUAUAAAUUUGUUAUGAUUCAAUUUGUUGUAGUAUUUUAUUUGUUAAUUUGAUGCUUAAAUAGGUUCAUCUUUGGCCAAUAGGAGCCUCAUCUUAAUUAGCCCCUGAGUCCUUUCAACAGGACCUUGGUGUCUUUGGUGGCUUCUUUGCUUUCUAGCUUGACAAGGUGGCACCCCAUACGUGCUUAUGAGUUAACUGAGUCAGAGGAAAUGUCGUUCUUGCAGACCAAGCUCAUCUGGAGUGAGAACCAGGAGGCUGUUGGCCUUUGGACAGUGGGCAGUGGCACUGACAGGCCCUGUGCUCCAGAAGGACAUGUGACAGUGAACAGUGACCCACUCCCUCAUUCCCUCUCACUGGUCCCACUCUGUCCCACUUCAUCCAUACUCUUGGGCCAUGCCAACUCAUGGAAAUGGGAACUUCUCGGGACUCUCUUUGCAGAUGUAUGUGCUAGUGGGAUUUGAGGGUGGGCUGGAGACCCAGGCCCUGCUCUUUGCUGUGUUUCUGACCCUAUAUAUGGCGACCGUACUGGGAAACCUCACGAUGAUUGUGGUCAUUACAGUGGACACCCACCUCCACUCCCCCAUGUACUUCUUCCUCAAGAACCUCUCCUUCCUGGACCUCUGCUACUCCUCUGUCAUCACCCCCAAGUCCCUUGCGAACUUCUUCUCUCAAACCAAGGCCAUCACCUUCACUGGCUGUGCCACCCAGUUCUUCUUCUUCUCCCUGCUAGCUACCACUGAGACUUUCCUCCUGGCCACCAUGGCCUAUGACCACUUCAUGGCCAUCUGUAGUCCACUGCAUUACCCAGUCAUCGUGUGUCCUUCAGUCUGCUCCCGCCUGGUUCUUGGCGCCUACUGCGGAGGCUGCCUCAACUCCAUUCUACAGACCAGCCUUACCUUCCGCCUCCCAUUCUGCAGCUCCAACCGCAUCGACCACUUUUUCUGUGAUGUGCCACCCCUGCUCCAGAUUGCCUGCACAAACACGGCCAUCAACAAGCUGGUCAUGUUCAGCAUCUGCGGGCUAAUCAUUGUGGGCACCACCCUUUUUGUCCUCAUCUCCUAUGGCUACAUCACAGUGACCAUCCUGAGGAUGCACUCAGGAGCUGGGAGACACAAGGUCUUUUCCACCUGUGGCUCUCACAUGAUUGCUGUGUCCCUAUUCUAUGGGACCGUCUUUGUGAUGUAUGCCCAGCCAGGAGCUGUGGAGUCCAUGCAGCAGGGAAAAGUGGUCUCUAUCUUCUACACCUUGGUCAUCCCUAUGCUCAACCCUCUCAUCUACAGUCUAUGGAACAAGGAUGUGAAGAAGGCCCUGAAGAGGCUGGGCUGGAAACUUGUAGCCACGUGA